UGAAACGUGCAGAGAAGAUGACACACUGUGGAUUUUUCCUCCCCUAAACAUGCAGCGUCAUGAACUCCAGCAAGCGCACAGACAGUGUGAACGAGGCCGUGAUGAAGAACUUCAUCGUCUUCAUCUUCAGUGUCGGCAUCAACUGCAUCAACGGAGCCUUUGUUUACAUCUAUUUCAAGAGUGAGGUCUUCAGGCGAGAGCCCAGGUACGUGCUCUUCGUCCACCUGGUGAUCAAUGACAUGAUCCUGCUGACGCUGUCUGUGAUGCUGCAGAUUCUGACCUACACCACCACCAUCUCUGUAGCUCCCUGCUGCCUCAUACUGGUCAUCUUGAUCACCACCGCCAAGAACAGCCCUCUGAACCUGGCCGGCAUGGCAGUUGAGCGUUACAUUGCCAUUUGCCGACCUCUUCACCACGUUCAGAUUUGCACGGUGCGGCGAGCCUACACUCUGAUCGCACUGAUCUGGGGCGGGUCCCUCAUGUUGGCCCUCGCAGACCUCGUCAUCCUCUUUGCAACGCAGCCUCUCUUUCUCUUCUCAAGAAAACUCCUCUGUCAUAAAAUGUCAAUCUUCAACACUCCGUACCACAAGACUCUCUCUGAGGUUGUUCAGGUCCUUCUAUUUUCCUUUGUCUCCCUGACUUUGAUUGUCACAUACCUGAAAGUCUUCCUUGUGUCCCGCGCCGCUUCCAGAGCCGCCAAGGCCUCGGCCAGAAAUGCCUGCAACACCAUCCUGCUGCACGGCAUUCAGCUCUUCAUCUGCAUGUUUUCAUACCUCUCUCCGUACAUCAUCCUGGCUCUAAUCACCGCUUGCCCUCGCAACCGAACCACCAUCCUCACCGUCACCUUUCUGUUCUUCAAUGUGCUUCCACGUCUGCUCAGUCCGCUCAUCUAUGGCAUCAGAGACAAGAAGUUCAGCAGCCAAAUCAGGCAGCACUUAUUCCAAUGCUGCAACGUCGUAGAGAUGAAGAAAUGCUCCAGUAACACUGUGUCGUGAGUUCUGCAGGUUUUAGUCCAUGAUCUACAAACUGACAACAGAAAUGACCAGACAACAGUCUUCAACAAUGAAAAAUGUGUAGUAUUUAAGAUAUUUUUUUUGUCCAACCUGCUUUGUUGACAGACUGAGAAAGAAAAGA